CCUGUUUCUGCCUCGCAGCUAGCAGAGCGGAGCCGCUAAUCUUCGCCCUGUUGGAUGCGGGGGGGAAAAAAACGCCCAACAUCUGGAGCGGAACCGCUGGAGCGACCAGAAACUUCCGGUAGACCGACAGACGCCUGCAGGAUGCCAAAGAUCUGACUGAAAGAUGUCUCAGCAAGUUAGCAUGGAAGCCAGCAGCAUCCUGCCCGUCCUCAAAAAGAAGCUGGCCUUCUUGUCAGGCGGCAAAGACCGGCGCAGUGGUCUGAUCCUGACCAUCCCCCUUGGCUCGGAUCAGACCAGCAUGGAGGAACUGAGCGACACGCUGGACUAUCUACUCAGCAUCCCGAGUGACAAGUGUAAGGCGCGGGGUUUCACUGUCAUCGUGGACGGCCGCAGGUCGCAGUGGAACACGGUCAAGACGGUGGUGCUCAUGCUGCAGAACGUCAUCCCGGCCGAGGUGUCGCUGGUGUGCGUGGUGAAGCCCGAUGAAUUCUGGGAUAAGAAGGUGACGCACUUCUGCUUCUGGAAGGAGAAAGACCGCCUGGGCUUUGAGGUGAUCCUGGUCUCGGCCAACAAGCUGACUCGGUACAUCGAACCCUCCCAGCUGACGGACGACUUUGGGGGAAGUCUGGACUACGACCACAGCGACUGGCUCGGCAAGCGACUGGUGUUUGAGAAGUUCACCAAGGAGUCGACGUCGCUGCUGGACGAGCUGUCAAUCAUUAAUGACGGGGACAAGAGCGCCGACAAAGACAAGUCAGCUGACUGUGUCCUCCUGCCGUCCUUUGACCCAGAGACUGUCCUCCAGACUGGUCACGAGCUGUUGUCCGAGCUGCAGCAGCGACGUUUUAACGGCUCUGAGGGAGGAGGAGGAGCAGGAGGACAAGGACAGGGAGGUCCGACGUGGCGGCCCAUGGAGGAGGAGCUUCUGGCCCAGCCCCAGGUCAUGAAGCUGCUGGACUCGCUCAGGGAGCAAUACACCCGCUACCAGGAGGUGUGUCGCCAACGCAACAAGCGCUCGCAGCUAGACGACAUCCACGCCAAAGUCAUGCAGGUGGUCACAUGGUUGCAGGGUCCAGGCUCUGAGCUGCUAAAGACCCACCAGGCCAUCGGAGACUCCAUGCGAGCGGCGCAAGCCCUGCAGCAGAAACACGAGGAGAUCGAAAGCCAGCACAGCGAGUGGUUUGCCGUCUUCGUGGAGCUGAACCAGCAGAUCGGCGCCUUGCUCAGCGGCGGCGAGGAGGAGGAAGCGACCGAGCUGAAGGCGCUGCAGCAGCAGCUGAGCGAUGUCUGCUACCAGCAGGCGGCACAACUGGAGAGCCGGCAGAACGUCCUGCAGGCGGCGCACGGCUUCCACGGCGCCGCGCAGGAGCUGUCUCAGCAGCUAGAUGGCUUACUGGGCAUGCUCUGUGCGGACGUGGCGCCAGCGGACGGCUCUGCCAUUCAGCAGAACCUCAAGCUGCUGGAGGAGAAGCUGCAGAGCGUAGAGGCGGGGCUUACCUCCCUGCGUGAGAAGGGGGCGCUCUUGUUGGAGCCCAUGUGCGGCCAAGCGUCGUGGCCCCAGGACGAGGGCGAGAGUCCGGCGGGAGAACAGGACAACGUCCAGCAGAUCCACGCCGUCAUGGAGGAGAUGCAGCUCCGCAAACAGAGGUGUGAGGACAUGGUGGACGUGAGGAGGCUGAAGAUGCUGCAGAUGGUCCAGUUGUUCAAAUGUGAAGAAGAUGCUCUGCAGUCCGUGGAGUGGCUUGGCGAGCUGCUGGACGCCCUGUUGAAGACGCACGUGAGACUUGGCGACGACUCCCAGGAGACAAAGUCCAUGUUGGACAAACACAGGAAAUUUGUGGACGUGGCUCAGAGCACGUACGACUACGGCCGCCAGCUGCUGCAGGCGACGGUGGUGUUGUGUCAGUCUCUGCGCUGCACCACGCGCUCGUCCGGCGACACGCUGCCCAGACUCAACCGCGUGUGGAAGCAGUUCAGCGUCAGCGCCGACGAGCGGCAGCACCGCUUGGAGCUCGCCCUCGACUUCCACGACGCUGCUGAGAGGGUGUUACGGGAACAGCAUGUGGAGGCGGAGUCUCUGGAUGACGUCGACUCGUCAGGGAAAACUCUUUUGGAUAGACUGAGCAUGCCCGUCAUCUUCCCUGAUGGGAGCGAGCAGUGCUUUGGGAGCCAGGGCGAUGCGGCGGCGGCGGCCGAGUGCGUCAGGGAGCGCCUCCUGCUGGUGGAGGAACGGCGGCAAGAGUCGGAGGUCUGCGAGCGGGGGGACGGGCUUCACGGGCUGGACGUCAUCGGGGAAGAGCUGAGCGAAAAGGAGGAGGAGGAGGCGGAGCCACGGGUUGAGGCACCAGAGCAGGAGCGCUAAGCGGUUGUAAGCCGGUUAGCUAAGUGAUGCUAACAGCUGCGUUUGUUCGCUUCCAUAAAACGACCUCUUUCCCAGCAUGCUCCUUGUUUUGACGGGAGGGUGGGGCUUGACCACGCCUCCUGCCCGUGUGCCCCCCCCAACCCCCUUCUUCGUGUCAACUUUUACUCAUGAAUGACGCCGGGCGCUCAGGAGGGGUUCAGCGUGGCCUUACUCGAGGAGCCAUGACGUCUUAGUGACGGGGCGUUCGUGGGAAUCAAACCUACGCCCCUCUCCGGCCCCUCCCUUCACGGAACUGAGGUGAACUACGGCCAUUUGCUGGGCUGACAGUUAUUUAUUUGACUUUUUUGAAACCUACUCAAAUGUUGAAUGUGUCCACUUUGCCUGCUUGAGCUCCUCCCCUACAUGAAUAUUCAUGACGUUAUUGUGACAUCAGAAUAAAGAUGCUUUUUU